CAGUCGCCUUGCGCUACAUGUUAGGGGUUGUUCUUCGCAACUGUCCGCUUCGACGCUUCAACUGAGAAAGAUGACGUUUAUUUCAUUGGCUCGCUUAUGAGUAGCCCGAAGAAAAUGGUGAAGAGGCCGGAGAGUCUCAGCAGGACGUCGGGUUCCAGAGGUUCCAGUCCGUCCAGGACGUUUAACGGCAGCAAUAGGACGACGCCGGCACAGUCGCCGAGCCAAACGCGCCGAUCUCCUCUUCGUAAUUCGCAGAAGAAAAUCGCACCGAGUCCUGACAGACGCAGGAAUGGGACACCUGAGAAGAAGGUGACGUCGCGCGGGAACAGUCCGGCCAGUUCCAGAGGAAAUCUGAUUAGAUCAAGGGGAAGCGAAUGCGGAAGUAUAGAAAGAUUAGACGACGAUAAUAACCUUCAAAGGAUAAUAACAAGUUAUAAUCAAACAGAAGAUAAUAUCAACGUCGUAGUAAGAGUUAGGCCGCUUAGUCAGAAAGAAAUCAAAGCUGGAGACACCAGUGUGGUACAAUUUCCUGGCAAUGGACAAAUAUUGGUUGAGGCUCAACCUGGUGGACCUAGUGGUGGCCAAAAACCGAAACUGUUUUCUUACAAUGUGGUUUUUGAACCGGCUGCAACGCAGGAAGACGUAUUGCAGUACUCCGGAAUGACCAGGCUCAUUGAAAUGGCUGUGGAAGGUUUCAGAUGUACUUGUUUCUGUUAUGGACAAACUGGCAGUGGUAAAACUCACACUCUUACCGGUCCUCCUGGUCUUUUCGGUUUAAAGAAGACCCCAUAUAGUGAUAAACAUGGACUUGUGUUCCGCUCCUUCCUCUAUAUGUUUAAGUUAAUACAGGAAAAACCUGAUGUACAUUUUGUUCUGAAGGCUAGCUUUUUAGAAAUAUACAAUGAAAAGGUGAUAGAUCUGUUGAACCCGGGAAGCGCCAGAAAACCAUUAGCUGUCCGAUGGAGCAAAAAAGCAAGAGGCUUCUUCGUGGAAAAUUUAUUUACCGUAGACUGUGAAGAACUUGACGAUUUAAUUGCUGUUUUAGAAGAAGGCGUGCGAAACAGAUCAGUGGGAAAACAUAACAUGAACGAUUAUUCAAGUCGUAGUCACACAAUUUUAUCAGUCCACAUAACGUGCGAGGAACCCGCAGAAAAUGGUGUUUUCAUAUCGAGAUCAGGCAAAAUUAAUUUCGUUGAUCUGGCGGGAAGUGAAAUGACCAAAAAGACACAAAGUGAAGGAAAGACCUUAGAAGAAGCAAAUAAUAUCAACAAAAGUUUGAUGGUGUUGGGUUAUUGCAUAUCAUCUCUGAGUGACUCGAAACGAAAGGGAACUCACAUACCUUACAGAGAUUCCAAACUCACAAAACUGCUGGCAGAUUCACUGGCUGGAAAUGGGGUGACUUUAAUGAUAGCUUGCAUAUCACCGGCAAAAUCCAAUUUGAGCGAGACCAUCAACACCCUUCGUUAUGCCGCGCGGGCGAAGAAAAUACGUACUAAACCCAUUGUUUUAAUGGACCCACGUGAAGCGUUGAUAUUGAGUCUCAAACGUGAGGUCAGCGUGCUGCAAAGCGAGAACGAUCACUUGCGCUCCGCGCUAAACGUCUAUUCGGGAUCAUCUAUUACAGAAAGAAGAACAAUUGAAACACCCCCUCAAGUUAGUUUAGACGAAUUGGCAAAGCUCGAGGGACCUCAACUGGCUGAAUUGGUUCGACUGUACAUGAAAGAAAACGAGGCGCUGCGACGCGACAACGCCGAAUUAUACUCUUCCAGGGAAAUGCUCCAGAGAGAUCACGAGGUUGUGUGCAGAGAGAACGAGAGGCUGUUAAAGAAACUGGAGGAGGUGAACUCAAUAUGUUGCAGAUCGCCAAUGAUACAAAGACCUGCGUUUUCUGCCGAGAUUUUGAACAAUUCUGACCCUACUACGAACAUCUGGACUAAUAAUGAGUCGGAGAAAAUACCGGAUACGAAUUCACCCAAAGAAGUGCCCGAUUUUAUAGAAAAAGAACUUAUGAAAAGACAAAUGGGAACCAGAGGUAUAACCCCCAUACGUGGUCACCGCCGUCAUAAUUCUUUGGAAGAGAAAUCCACAGGCACAAAACCUGACAGAAUAAAAAGUUCCGAAUCAGAUGGAAAUUCGGAAAGGAAGAAACAGUCAGGAGGAGUUGAUCCGAAAGUGGUGAAAACCACUAACCCGGCCCAAAAUCGCCGUUUUUCAGUCGCAGUAUCGAAAUCGGAUAAUGUUAAGGAUGCGCCUAAAAAGGAUUUGUCGGCCAAAACUCCUGAUUUUUUCGGAAGCGUAAUAUCAUUGACAGAUGAAGAUGAGUUUUAAUGGAGAUCAGCUUUUACAUACCUACCUUCAAGAAUUCGUUUGUGAGUGACGUAGUACAAUAGCAAUAUUUUGGAAAAUUAUAUGUUUGUUGAUAUAGAUAUGAUGUUGAAUAAAGAUUUUAUUUUAA